AUGAAAGCCCUAGCACGCAGUCACGUGUGGUGGCCGUUGAUUGAUCUCGAUAUUGAAAGAAUAGCAAAAGAAUGUUUGAGCUGCAGCCGAUUUCGAAACAACCCACCGAAGACAAAUUAUCAUCCAUGGGAUUACGCCAUAGUUCCAUGGCAGAGGAUACAUAUCGACUACGCGGGACCAUUUCUGAAUACGUAUUUUUUUAUUAUCGUUGAUUCUUACACCAAAUGGAUUGAGGUAUUUCCAACGUCGAAUAUGACCGCAAAUACGACAAUUAACAUUCUUCGUGAAACAUUUGCUCGUUUUGGAUUACCAUACACUGUAGUGUCAGACAAUGGCAGUAACUUCAUAUCAAAAGAAUUCGAAGACUUUCUUAAAAUGAACGGAAUCAAGCAUAAACUGAUUGCACCAUAUCAUCCAGCCACUAACGGACAAGCAGAGAGAUACGUUCAAACUGUAAAGAAAAGCUUACGUUCUAUGCAGUGGGAAAGGGGAAAUCUUCACCUUAAAUUAUCAAGAUUUUUGAUGCAAAACCGGAAGACACCAAACAUAACUACAGGGGUUAGUCCGGCAGAACUCAUAUUUAAAAGAAACAUUCGUACAAGAAUUGAUUUAGUCAAGCUGGAGUUAUCGCCGGAGAUGCAAGAAGCUAAAUUGCCAGGGGACAAGAAAGAUAGGUCGUUCGAAGAGAACGAUACGGUUUUAUGCAGACAUUACGGAGACAAAAACCAAAAAUGGAAAUACGGGACGAUUGUGACGAGGAACGGGAAUUUGAAUUACGAGGUGUGUGUGGAUGGACGUAUUCAACGGAGACACGUCGAUCAAUUGUUACCUUACAAUGGACCAAUUCCCUUUCAAGGAAUUCCUGUGGAUUCGGAAAUUGACAAUAAAGAACCGAACCAAGAACUUCCCACCGUUGAAACGGAAGAAUUGCCCCGACCCAUUUCGGAAUCAACACCAGUUUUAGUUCCUGAACCGGAACAGCCGGUUAUCGUCAACGAAUCAGGAACCUUGACAUUAAGACGAUCUACCCGUAUCAGGAAGCCAGUGGACCGUCUCAAUUUGUAA